UUUAAAACAAUUUUUCUUAUACUCAAUCUAUCCAAAGUAAUUCUCGGAAUUUACGAGGACGACUCUUGCAAUCAAGGCGACGCUUACCGAAGAAACUGUUUAGUUUGUUUGUGUUCAACAAAAACAAAUCGAUGGUCGUGCAAAAAUGAUAUUUGCAACGAUUGCGCCGACGAAGAAAUGUUACGAAAAGACGACUCGAAUUUUUAUUGCAAAAACGGACGAUGGACACUACUUCCAUUUCUACAACUGCCCCAAUUCCAACACACCUCCAUCUUACCAUUGGGACCGUGUAAAAAUGAAAUGUUCAAACCCGAUUGGCCCUGCAAUCGGUGUCGAUGUAAUCAAACCGAAAACGUUUGGGAAUGCCCUUUGGAAUUGUGUCGGGAAGACACGAUAAUCAAAAAUUAUUCGCACGAAUCCCGUUUAGAUCGGGUUUAUGAAUUUUUUAAAUUCGACGGAACUAAAGAGAUAUGUAAGGAAGGGGAAAUUCGUAAUGAAGAUGUUUGUAAUCGGUGUAUUUGUAAAGAAUCGAUUUGGUGGUGUAAACUGAAAGAGUGUCCUGAUGUUAUUGAACAAGAUAGCAUUGCAGCUGAUACUUUACCUGAAUUUUUAGAAAUCGAAUUACCUCCAGGGAUGGAAUCGAUUAAAGAACAAGAAGGGAAUGAAAUUAUCAAAAUUUGUAAUCCGGGUUCAAGAUAUAAAAGAGGAUGUAACACUUGUAACUGUUCGAUGGAUGGAACGGCUGAAACUUGCACACAAAGUGUUUGCGAUCAUCUUGGAAAUUUUCAGGAUGAAUUUCUUAAAAAUUAUUACGAGGAAAAUGAAUAUUUGAAUACCGACUAUUAUGAAUACGAUAACGAAAAUUAUUAUGAAUAUUACAAAUAUUUAGAUGAAAAACAUGAAAUGGAGUAUUAUAGUGGAGAAUAUGAGGCAAUUGAGACGGAUAAAUUCGGGUAUGAUGACCUAAAUGAUGAUGAAGAUGAAUAUGAUAAACCGUCGGAAGGAUAUGUUGAUGAAGAUGAUAGUUAUUAUGAAUAUUACGAUCAAUUAGAAUAAAUGGAAUAACAUUUAAAAUUGUUUUGAGCGCUAAAAUAAAAAGUAUUAUGGUGGCAUAUAA